AUGCCUCCCGCACCAACCAUCUCCGAAAUCCAAUCACUCUAUCAUUCCUUCCAAACGGUUUCAUCCCGAUUCACCUCAUACAAUUUUAACCAAUACUUCCUUCGACGCUCUCACCAGACGUUCAAACCUGUCCUUCAGUCGCUCUCCCCUACACCUGGAACAGAGUCCGUGCAAGCUAAGCAGCUAGAUCCAGCGGAGUUGUCGAAAUGGUUCGAAGAGCAGAAAAAGGAGUUGGAGGUGAUUAAGCGAGCUGCAGAAGUGAACAGGAUGUUCAAAGGACCUAAAUUGGUGGUGGAACAUGCUCAGCCGAUUACGGCGGGUGGUGGAGAGGGAGCUGAAGCUUCUCCUUGA